GAGUCAGAGGUAGCCUGAGCUCCGCCCGGACGCCCGGGGGCUCCUCCUCCUGUUCCUCACGGCGCGGCGGGCGGCGGUUGUGAGGGGAAUGUCAUUGCCGCUCCAAGCGGUGGAGCCGCCUCCGACUGCUCCUGCUCUUUCUCUGGCGCCCUCGUCCCGUCAGCUUUCGCCGUUGCCGCAGCUGCACAGAGGAGACGGAUGGCUAGAGGGGCGCAAGGGCCAUCCGAGUUGAGAGAGCAGCGGUCGCGGCCGCUGCUGAGGCGGAGACUCCCCGCCGCCGCCUCCACCCCCAGUUCCCUGGCCUCGCGGCGCUGAGGGCGGGCGCGCGCCGCGCUCUUCCCUCCUCCCUCUCCUCUUUCUUCCUCCUCCUCCUCCUCUUCCUCUGGGUCCCCGCCCAGCACCCCUCGCACCAGGCGGCGGCGGCGGCGCGGAGCGAGACCCGCCGCCGGGGCACAACAUGGCGGAGCCCUCGGCCCCGGAGAGCAAGCACAAGUCGUCCCUCAACUCGUCCCCGUGGAGCGGCCUCAUGGCCCUGGGGAACAGCCGGCACGGGCCCGGGGCCCAGUGUGCGCACAAGGCGGCGGGCGGCGCGGCGCCUAAGCCGGCCCCCGCGGGGCUGUCCGGGGGGCUGUCGCAGCCGGCCGGCUGGCAGUCUCUGCUUUCCUUCACCAUCCUCUUCCUGGCCUGGCUCGCCGGCUUCAGCUCGCGCCUCUUUGCGGUCAUCCGCUUCGAAAGCAUCAUCCACGAGUUCGACCCGAGGUUUAACUAUAGAUCAACACAUCAUCUUGCGUCUCAUGGGUUUUAUGAAUUUUUAAAUUGGUUUGAUGAAAGAGCAUGGUAUCCACUAGGAAGAAUAGUAGGUGGUACUGUUUACCCAGGGUUGAUGAUAACAGCUGGCCUUAUCCAUUGGAUUUUAAAUACAUUGAACAUAACAGUUCACAUAAGAGAUGUAUGUGUGUUCCUUGCACCAACUUUUAGCGGCCUUACAUCUAUAUCUACUUUCCUGCUUACCAGAGAACUUUGGAACCAAGGAGCAGGACUUUUAGCUGCUUGCUUUAUUGCUAUUGUACCAGGUUACAUUUCUCGGUCAGUAGCUGGAUCCUUUGAUAACGAAGGCAUUGCUAUUUUUGCACUUCAGUUCACAUAUUACUUGUGGGUAAAAUCUGUAAAAACUGGGUCAGUUUUUUGGACGAUGUGCUGCUGCUUGUCGUAUUUCUAUAUGGUCUCUGCUUGGGGUGGUUAUGUGUUUAUUAUCAACCUUAUUCCACUGCAUGUAUUUGUGUUGUUACUGAUGCAGAGAUACAGCAAAAGAGUCUACAUAGCAUAUAGCACUUUCUAUAUUGUGGGCCUGAUAUUAUCCAUGCAGAUACCUUUUGUGGGAUUCCAGCCAAUCAGAACAAGUGAACACAUGGCAGCUGCAGGUGUCUUUGCAUUGCUGCAAGCUUAUGCUUUCUUGCAGUAUCUGAGAGACCGGUUAACAAAACAAGAGUUCCAAACACUGUUCUUUUUGGGUGUGUCACUAGCCGCAGGUGCUGUGUUCCUUAGUGUCAUCUAUUUGACUUAUACAGGUUACAUUGCACCAUGGAGUGGCAGAUUUUACUCAUUGUGGGACACUGGGUAUGCAAAAAUACACAUUCCAAUUAUUGCAUCAGUGUCUGAGCAUCAACCUACGACUUGGGUAUCUUUCUUCUUUGAUCUACAUAUUCUUGUGUGUACCUUCCCAGCAGGCCUGUGGUUCUGCAUUAAAAAUAUCAACGAUGAAAGAGUAUUUGUUGCGCUGUAUGCCAUCAGUGCCGUCUACUUUGCGGGCGUGAUGGUGCGGCUGAUGUUGACCUUGACUCCAGUCGUCUGCAUGCUGUCUGCAAUUGCAUUCUCAAAUGUUUUUGAGCACUAUUUGGGGGACGACAUGAAAAGGGAAAACCCGCCUGUGGAGGACAGCAGUGAUGAGGAUGACAAGAGAAACCCGGGAAAUUUGUAUGAUAAGGCAGGCAAAGUGAGGAAGCAUGUGACCGAGCAGGAAAAAACAGAAGAGGGAUUAGGUCCUAAUAUAAAAAGCAUUGUCACCAUGCUCAUGCUGAUGCUGUUGAUGAUGUUUGCAGUCCACUGCACCUGGGUCACAAGCAAUGCCUACUCCAGCCCAAGCGUGGUCCUGGCCUCUUACAAUCAUGACGGAACUAGGAAUAUUUUAGAUGAUUUCAGAGAAGCUUACUUUUGGCUAAGGCAGAAUACAGAUGAACAUGCCCGAGUGAUGUCUUGGUGGGAUUACGGCUAUCAGAUUGCUGGGAUGGCUAAUAGAACCACUCUGGUGGAUAACAACACCUGGAAUAACAGCCACAUAGCACUGGUGGGAAAAGCUAUGUCUUCAAAUGAAACAGCAGCUUAUAAAAUCAUGAGGAGUUUGGAUGUAGAUUAUGUUUUGAUUAUUUUUGGAGGGGUUAUUGGCUAUUCUGGUGACGACAUCAACAAGUUUCUCUGGAUGGUUAGGAUAGCUGAAGGGGAACAUCCAAAAGAUAUUCGGGAAAGUGACUAUUUCACCUCACAAGGAGAAUUCCGUGUAGACAAAGCAGGAUCCCCUACUUUGCUGAAUUGCCUUAUGUAUAAAAUGUCAUACUACAGAUUUGGAGAAAUGCAGCUGGAUUUCCGUACACCUCCAGGUUUUGAUCGGACACGUAAUGCUGAGAUUGGAAACAAAGACAUUAAAUUCAAGCAUUUGGAGGAGGCCUUCACGUCAGAGCACUGGCUUGUAAGGAUAUAUAAAGUGAAAGCCCCUGAUAACAGGGAGACAUUAGACCACAAACCUCGAGUAACCAACAUUUUCCCCAAACAGAAGUAUUUGUCAAAGAAGACUGCAAAAAGGAAGCGUGGCUACAUUAAAAAUAAGCUUGUUUUUAAGAAAGGCAAGAAAAUAUCUAAGAAGACUGUUUAAAAACACUGUUCUGGUUCCUAACUUGAAGCAGAUGUCUUUGUGAGAACCGGUCUUGCCUUUAGCUCAUGUCGUGUUUCACAGCAGCGGAGGGUACAGAACCAUCACUGGUCCAGGUUAACAUACAAAACUCUGGCAACACCUGAUUUAAAAAAUAAAAUUGGCUUAUUGAGAACA